GGGAGGGGAGGAAGAGGAAGGGGUGGAAGGGCCCAGGCAGCAGCAGCAGCAGCAGCGGCAGCAACAGCAGCGACGCCAAGAAGAAAUACUGGGGCUGUGAGAGGGCGGGGACGCGGGGUGCGGGUCCUUUCGUCUAAGAUUAACAACAGAGGCAUGUCCCGUGGAAGAGGCAAUGCAGCAGCACAAGGAAGGCAGCUCGUCUCGAGAGGGAGAGGAGCGAACAUAGCUGUGAGAGGGAGAGGGACACAGAGAGGCAACGCCAGGGGCAUAUCCAAAGGAAGGAGACCGCUCACACCGAGACAGUUAGAUAACACUGCCGUGGGUGCCAACAGACAGAUGAGAGGCAGAGAUGCGAUGGUGAGGCAGCAGCUGAUGAAGAGGAAAAUCCAGCAGGCACGCAGGACCUUGGCUGCGUCCCAGCAGAACAAUAGAAAGCAGGCCAGGCUGAGUGCGAUUGAUGCAAGGAGGGGCGUGGCAGGAGGAGUAAAGCAGACCAAAGGAAACCUGGGGACUCCCCUCAAAGUGCGAGUGGGUAACGGAACGGUGGUGAGAGGCCUGCGUUCCGACCAGCUCCUUCUGCACAAGAUGAGACAACGACAAAGGAUCGAUGUGUUGAAGGAUAAGAAGGUGAGAACACAGCAGAUGAGAGACCCAUCAAGAGGCACUGGCUCUGUUGUGUCUCUCUCCUCACAGAGGGGCUUGACAGUCAGCAUAAAGAAUAACAUUGCCUCCACACAGUCAGCCCAGAAUGGAGCUAAACCCAGACAGAGGCCCAGGUUGAAUCGAAACAGAGUGUAUCAGAACUCCAACGCUGGGUAUGCCCCACCUACCUUCACCGUUGUCAAUGAGCAUGUUCGCCAACCCCCACCCGAGCCAAGCUUCCAGGUGUCUGAUAUGCCACGGAAGCUCACCAAGAGGAACAUCAUCACAAGCAGAGAUCCACGAGCCAGGCUGGCAGCCAUGUCCUCUGCUCCCCUCAUGGCCACCAUCUCCCAAGAGAACGUGCGGUCUCCCCCAGAGCCCCACCGGCAGAUCCUGGACCCCAAAGUACAGAAGGAGAUUGCUGUGCUACAGGGCAAAGACGAGGUCACCCUCAACAGCGGCCCUGGACCUGGUGUGAAAGGCUUCCGCCACGUCCCCAACCAAACCUCCAGAUCUCUUAACGAACGCUUCACUGAAGAGCGGAUGGUCACUGCUUGAGCCCCCACCCCCCCAAAAUCCUCAAGGAACUCAAGACAUUGUACGUGGAAGAGAGUUUCUGGAUUUUUUAUUUUCUGUGUGUGCGCGUGCAUAUUAAAUUUGGAUGUGUUUUGUGGAGGUAGCGUUCGUUAUGACGAGAUACUGAUUGUUUUCCUGAAGGAUACAUCUUGCUUGUGUUGCAAUAGAUACUUUUGUGGUUUUAUCGUGCUGUGCAUGGGACAGUGCCUUUGAUGGCAAAUAUGCUAUAUAUUUAUUUUCCUACAGGAAGCUAAUAUCAUUAAGAAAAACUUAAUGCGAAGUGUCACUAAGUGCACUUCUGUUUUACAGACUUCUUAAUUUUUGUUAAUAAAAGUAUGUUUUAGAGAGUGUGGUCAUGGCUGUACUAGGUUUCAUAGGACUCUGUUUAUAUGUGUAAAUAUUUUGACAGAAUUUAAAUUGGUUUUGUAAGAAUCAGUCAGAUGAUAUAUGUAUUUUCAUAGGAAUGAGUAGUAGUGAUAAAAAGUUUUUUUUUUUUUUUUUUUUUUUUUAUGUAUGAUUUUUAAAAAUUUCAUUUGUCUUUAGAACUUGAAUCCAUUAUAUCAGAACAACUCAUAUGUCUACAUAAGCUAUUAAAAUAGUAUCACACACACACACACACACACACUCACACACUCACACACUCACACACUCACACACUCACACACUCACACACUCACACACUCACUCACUCACUCACUCACUCACUCACUCACUCACUCUCACUCACUCACUCACUCACUCACUCACUCACACACACACACACACACACACACACACACACACACACACACACACACACACACACACACACACACACUCACACUCACACUCACACACUCACGCUCACACACGCUCACACACGCUUACACUCGCUCACUCACACUCACACACUCACUCACUCUUACUUACUCUCAUUUUGUCUCACACUCUUACUUUCUUACUCUCUCUCUCUUACACUCACUCUCUCACUCUUACUCUCACUCUCACUCACUCUUACUUUCUCACUCUUUCUCACUGACUCUCAGUCUUUCUCAUUUCCUUGUUUAACAUUUCUUAUUUCAUUUAUUUUUUCUUUAUUUCUUUUCUUAUUUUUUUUUAUAUAAUCACUGACAUAUUACGGCAAGAGUAUACUGAAGAUUGUGCGAUAGGCCUUUCCUUUUUUGUGGAUCAGGAUGCGAAAGUACCGAGAAGUUGAGCCAAAGUGUAAAUGUUAUUUUUUACAUUAAAAGUAUUGAUGUUAA